ACGUCGGCUGCCGGGCGGUGUCCGUGCGCCUGGCUGCAACGGGAAACCCUACACCGCGGCCGGGGGGGACAAAGCGCCGUGCUCGCCCCGUAUAAAACCCCGCGGGGGACCGCGGCCACCCGCAGCCGAGCGGGCCCCCAGCCUCCCCCCCCCCCCUCCGCGUGCCAUGGCCACGGCUGAGCUGACCGAGCUGGAGCGGGCCAUCGACACCGUCGUCACCGUCUUCUUCACCUACGCGGGGAAGGAGGGCAAGAAGGGGACGCUGACGGCCGAGGAGUUCAAGGAGCUGGUCCAGCUCCAGCUGCCCAACCUGAUGAAGGACGUCCCCUCCCUGGAGGAGAAGAUGAGGGAGCUGGAUGUGAACAACGACCAGGAGCUGAAGUUCAGCGAGUACUGGCGGCUGAUCGGCGAGCUGGCCAGGGCCAUGCGGCGGGAGAAGAAGAAGUGACGGGGACCGGGGGACACUUGGGUGACACGAUGCUAAUAAAAGAGGUUUCCCCGA